CCCGCCCCGCAGUCCCGGGUCUGCAUCUCUCCUUCGUCCACGCACUACCAUUUCUCUGCGUGGUCUCGCCAUGACCACGUUCACCAGCGACUCUUCACAUCAAUGCGUCGCCAUCUCGUGAUCUCCCCGGCGAUUCAAGAACAGCACUCACUUCAUGAACUUCAUCGCCGGCGCUCGAAAUGGUAAACCCCCCCAAACUCAAAUCUGUUCAUUCCCUGAUUCACCGCCGCCAAACCAAUAAUAGUAUUCACUCUUAUCAUCUUUGGUUUUCAUCGAAACCCGAUAUUUCUGAACUCUCUGACUUUCGAAGCAAUCAGCAGUACGGAGAAAAUUCAUCAUCGCACUUAGUUUCUAAGGUCUGUGAGAUUUUGACAAAUCGUCUGUUUCAAUGGCAACGGAGCUCGGAGCUCAAUUAUUUGAGCUCUGAGCUAAAACCGCGCCACGUGGCAAGGGUAGUUGAGAUCCAUGAGAACACUGACAUAGCUUUGCAGUUCUUCUAUUGGGUUUCUAAGAGGCAUUUUUACAAACACGAUAUUGAUUGUUAUGUGUCGAUGCUGAAUAGGCUCUUGCGGGACAAGAAAUUUGAACCAGCUGAUCAUGUUAAGAUUUUGAUGAUAAAAGAUUGUAGAAAUAUGGAAGAAAUGAGGAGGGUCGUUGAGUGUUUGAGUGAGAUUAGGAAAAAGGGUCUUGGGCAUGGUUUGUAUAGUUAUAAUACUUUGUUGAUUCAGUUAGGAAAGUUUGACAUGGUUGAAGCUGCUCGGAGUACUUUUAGGGAAAUGUUGAACUAUGGGAUCCAGCCUAGCUUGCUAACUUUUAGCACUAUGAUUAAUAUAUUGUGUAAGGAAGGGAAGGUGCAGGAGGCUCGUGUGAUUUUGAGUAAAAUGUAUCGGCAUGAGAUGAGUCCAGAUGUUUUCACUUACACAUCCUUUAUGCUCGGGCAUUGCAGGAACAUGAAUCUAGAUGCAGCCUUUGUGGUUUUUGAUAAGAUGGCAAUGGAGGGAAUUGAUCCAAAUGCAGUUACUUAUGCAACUCUUAUAAACGGGCUCUGUAAUCAGGGGAGAGUUGAUAAGGCCUUGGAUAUGCUCAAGGAGAUGACUGAGAAAGGGAUUGAGCCAACCGUGUACACUUACACAGUUCCAAUUACUUCAUUAUGUGCACUUGGACAUGUAGAGAAGGCUAUUGAUCUAGUCCUGAGCAUGAGAGAGAGGGGUUGUAAGCCAAAUGUUCAAACAUACACUGCUCUUAUUAGUGGGCUUUCUUGUUCCGGUCGCCUUAAUGUUGUCAUUGGUUUGUUCAACAAGAUGUUCAGAGAUGGUCUAAUUCCAACUAUAGUGACAUUCAACGCAUUGAUCAAUGAAUUAUGUGCAGGGGGAUUCCUCAGUGCUGCUUGUAGUGUUCUCCAGUGGAUGAAGACUCAUGGUUACCCACCAAAUGCUGAAACCUGCAAUGCUCUUAUUCAUGGGUUCUGCUUGGUAGGAAACAUAGAGAGGGGAAUGAUUCUAUUCAAUGAAAUGCUAAAGUUGGGGCCCUCUCCAACGGUGGUUACAUACAAUACACUUAUCAAUGGCUAUCUUGAAAAGGGUUUCCUGGAGAAUGCUGUUAGAUUGUUGGAUUUGAUGAAGAACAAUGGACUUAAACCAGAUGAGUGGACUUAUGCACAACUUGUUUCUGGUUUCUGCAAAAGGGGGAAGCUUGAUUCAGCUGCAGCUUUCUUCAGGGAAAUGAUUAAACAAGGUUUGAGUCCAAACCAGGUCAAUUAUACAACACUGAUUGAUGGUCUUGCAAAGACAGGAAAACUGGAUACUGCAGUUGCUUUAUUUCAAAAAAUGGAGGAGACUGGGUGCAGUCCAGGUAUUGAAACUUACAAUGCCAUUAUAAAUGGCUUAUCAAAAGGAAACAGGCUUUCUGAAGCAGAGAAAAUGUGCAAUAAAUUAACCGAAAAUGGUCUGCUCCCUAAUGUCAUUACCUACACAACAUUGAUUGAUGGGCUGUGUAGGAAUGGUGGGACACAACUUGCAUUUAAGAUAUUCCAAGAAAUGGAAAAAAGGAAUUGCAUGCCAAAUCUGCAUACAUAUAGUUCACUUAUCCAUGGUUUAUGUCUUGAAGGUCAGGCAGAUGAUGCAGAGAUGCUACUCAAAGAAAUGGAGAGGAAAGGAUUGGUUCCUGAUCAUGUGACAUAUACUUCACUAAUUGAUGGGUUUGUUGCUUUGGGUAGAAUAGAUCAUGCAUUCUUACUUCUCAGUCAGAUGAUUGAUAGUGGCUGCAAACCAAAUUAUCGAACCUAUAUUGUGUUGGUGAAGGGAUUGCAAAGAGAAUCUCAGUUAAUUGCGGAGAGGAUUGCAGUUCAAAACGAGACAGUAUACGGCUAUUCAGAUGGGAAGGAUUCUAGUAUUGAUUUUUUAUGUAGUUUAUUAGAUAGAAUGUCAGAAAGUGGCCAUGAACCCAGUGUAGAUACAUACUCUACCUUAGUUGUCGGUCUGUGUAAAGAAGGUAAAAUUUACGAAGCAGAGCAGUUGGUAACACAGAUGAAGAGCAAAGGAUUAUGUCCAAAUGAUGCAAUAGAUUGCUCUCUUUUGUGUGCCUAUUGUAAGGAAUUGAAAGUGGGCCCUGCUCUAGAAAUUUUUGACUUGAUGGUUUUAAAAGGUUUUAGGCCUUCCUUAUCAAUUUAUCAGCUACUUAUUUCAUCUCUUUGUAAAGCAAGCUGGGUAAAAGAAGCUGAAGCUUUGUUUAUCAGCAUGCUUGAGAGGCAGUGGAACUCUGAUGAGAUUGUUUGGACUAUCCUGAUUGAUGGUUUGCUUAAGGAGGGGGAAUCAGAAAUGUGCAUGAAGCUUCUACAUGCCAUGGAAUCCAAGAAUUGCCCUAUAAAUUUGCAGUCUUAUCUUAUCUUGGCAAGAGAAUUGUCUAAAGCAGAUAAAUCUAUUGAUGCUAGGGAAAUUGCUAAUAAGUUCAGAAUUGGGAGAGAUGAAAAAUGAGUGCAAUGUCUUUCUUGCGUCAAGCCUCUGAAACAUGGUGUUGUCUAAUACGGAUUAGACAGCUGUAUCUCCAUUGACAGCCCCUCUGUGAUGCAUUGAUUUUAAUGUAAUGCAUCUUUGAGAAAUUGCUCUGUGGUUUUUCCUCCCAAUUAAUUCAAUGGUCAGAAGAUGAUGGACUUUCAUCUCUUUCUGAACACCCAUCAGAGCAAAUGCGUGGUGGCAAAAUGCUGCCUGAGCUUCAGGGAGGAGCAGUUAGUCAUUUUCAGGAUGCAGGAUCAAUCACAUACACAACUGCUUGGUAACAUGUCCAUACAUCUCGCUUGUCCAUCAAAGAUGAUAAUGCAAAUUUGAGGUACUCGGUAGAAGACACACACUUAGUUGUGACACCUAGCUAUUCAUUUCAUUUCUUCUCUAUUCUUUGUAUCAGAAAUCACAUAGGUAUAUGAUUGUUCCAAUUCUUUUUAUGAGUGAAGGAGUAGGUUGCCUUGUAAAAUAUAAAUGGUUGGCGCGUUUUAAGUGUGGUAGAUCAUAGAUGAGCCUGAAGGCUCUCAUAAGAAUACCGAUAAUAAGGUGAGAAAUUUUUGGUAUAGUGAUCUUUAAUAUCAUCAAUCAUCACCAUUGAUUUGGUGGAUGUACUACUCACUCCUUUAAUCUCUUGCAUCAUACAAUUUGAUUUUUGUUUUCAAGAAAAAACUGCUGUAAACAUCACCACUCAAUAAUGCAAAACUUUUUGUGUGUUAUCCUGAAAGGGAUCUCACAAGGAUCUUGUACAG